GUUCAUACUGGGAAGUUGUUUGUUUAUAAGUACGCGGGAUGAUUGUUAUGACACAUAGUUUGUAGGAGUUAUUGUGUUGUAAAUCUAGUUACUAUGAUACUUAGUAUAAAUAAUUUAUUUAUUGAUAUUACUAUGUGCUAAAAAAUUUACACUGUCAAUUUGACAUUCUUACAGCAUUAUUAAAUGAGUAUUAUGUUGUAUUUUCGCGUUCGUAGUUCCUAUUCAUGUAAUUUUAUAGAAAAUUUAGUUUUUUGAUAUAAGAAUUCUCUGCAAGAAUGUGAAAUUAAUAACACAUAGUCUCCAAAAUUAUUACGUUCAUUUACGUAAUUGUGUAUGCUUUUUUAAAAUGAAACGUAAAAGCCCAGUUAUCCCUCGAAAGAGUGGGAUACUCAGCAAUGGAAACAACACUCCUAAGCAUUUAACAACUCAGUCCUCCACUGCACUUUCUGUUUUGACACCAACUUAUGGAGGCUCAGGAGGAAAUACACCAUCCACUUCUUACUUAAAUUGUUGGCCUUUGGCAUCAAGUUCAACAGAAGAGCAGACUACUACAGAUGAAGUUGCAGAACUGGAAGUUCCUAUUUGGCGUCCAAAUGGAAGUGGUAAUGAGUCCUCUACUAGUCAUUUGCUACUUCAGGACAGUCUCGAAGGAGGCUCUACUUCAGAUUACCAAAGAACAAGAGCUGCCAUAGAACAAACAUAUCAGAAAAUUGCCCGCACUAAAGAACUGAUUAAAGAAGGACAAACUGCAAGAGAUGAAAAUGUCAAUGAAUAUUUAAAAUUAGCUGCAAGUGCUGAUAAACAACAGUUACAAAGAAUUAAAAGUGUAUUUGAGAAAAAGAACUUGAAGUCAGCUCAAGCCAUUGCACAGCUUCAGAAAAAAUUAGAAACUUAUAAUAAAAGAAUUCGAGAUUUAGAAACUCAUGGACUGAGUAGUAGCCACUGGCAGCCCCGGGAGGUACUUAGAGAUGUCGGACAAGGAUUAAAAGAUGUUGGUGUUAACAUCAAAGAAGGCAUAACUGGAUUUUCUGGAGGUGUUGUUGGGAACAUAAAAGGAGGAUUGUCAGGUCUAACGCAGGCUACGCAUAGUGCUGCAGAUUUUCUUAGCGCAGCAUAUUCACUUUCUUACAUUCCCUUUUGUUUUACAGAACAGUUAUCCAAGCCUCGAGAGUUUGCUCAUCUCAUAAAGAACCGGUUUGGAAGUGCUGAUAACAUUAGCUCUUUGGAAAAAAUACCCCAAGAGUCUUCUGAAACACAGCAGCGAAAUUUGCAUGGGAGUGCAACAUUUACGCAUUGCAGUAAAUAUCCAUCAGAUGAUGAAAGUUCCAGCUUGACAUCAGGUUCUGGUGGUCAUUUAAUCGCUGGGAGUAUUUCAAGUCCUCGUCAUCAACCACUGCUUCAAAGAUCACCUCCAGAGCAUUCAUCUACGCCUACUGUGACACCUUUGGUUGCAGAUUUGGAGCCAAUUCUUCAAGAAUUGCGUGAGCGUCGUGAAGAAUACCAUCACUUAGUUGAUGAAGUUGAGGCUCUCAAAACUCAGGUGCAGCAGGAAUAUACAUAUUUUAACCAAGCCUUACAUGAUGAAAGAUACAGAUAUGAAAGGCUUGAAGAACAGAUGAAUGAUUUGAUAGAAUUGCAUCAAAACGAAAUUGAAAAUUUGAAACAAGGAUUAGGCGAUAUGGAAGAAAAAGUGCAGUAUCAAAGUGAAGAAAGAUUAAGGGAUGUUCAUGAAAUCUUAGAUAAUUGCCAAACCAGAAUAUCACGAAUGGAACACCAGCAACAUCAGCACUUCCAACAACUAGUGUCUUUAGAUUCUUUGGAUGGAACAAAUGCUCGAGCUCUUGCACUUAAGCUUAUAAAUGUAGUUUUGACAGUUUUACAAGUUGUGCUUCUCCUAGUUGCCACUGUUGCCAGUAUAUUGAUGCCAUUUAUUCAAACUAGAUUGCGUAUUCUAACUACUGCUGGUUUCAUUAUGUCCAUAGUUAUGUUGUGCAGACAAUGGCCAGAAUUAUUGGACUGGGGAAGGCAUUUGGUAGCACAACAUGUACAAACAUAAAACAUCCACCUUAUUUAUUAAAGAACAACAUAUCGAUAGCUGCCACCAAUUAUUUGUGUACUUCCAGCAACACUGAAGCAAUCUGCAUUUGAAAUUAUUGUUUAUAAACAAUAAGAAGUUUUCCAGGAUGUUAUAUGCUGUGAUAUAUAUAUAUAUAUAUAAGAACUUGAAAGAAACUUGCCAUCUUUUGUUAUUUUAUGAAUUCCUGUGGACUUUUUAUAGGUAUUGAAUGAACAACAGGGGUAUCUUUUUAGCUUGUGCAUUUGUGCCUAUGUGCUGUGUUUUUAUUAACUGGUAUAUAAAUAUCAUAGUGGCUUAUAAUUGUUGCUGCCCGUAUUUUAAUCCAUUGUAAGAAAAUUUCAAUGGAUGGAAAAGUACAUUGUGAUAUGUUUUAUUUUAAAGCUGUAUGAUACUUUUAGUAUUGUGUUUUUGUGCAUUUUAAAAUUAUAUUUGUUUCUUCUGUAAAGUUUUUUAUUUCCACAUUUAUAUCUCUUUUAUAUAUGAAAAAAAAAAUCUGUUUUCUUUGUAUUGGCCUGGUUCUAUAUUUUGGAAUAUGCAGUUUUCAAAUCUUACAAGCCAUGAAAUAAGUCUACAUUCUUUAGAGAAAUCUUGCAGUUUAUAUUCAAAUUUUUUUCUGAAAAGUUAGAAACAAAAAAUUUGAGAAAUUUGAAAUUUUAAAACUUGGCAUAUAUGUAUGUGUAAAUGUAAUAUAAAAUGUUGCAGAAACAUUGAAAAAUAAAUAGGGUAUAUAUUUUUAAAUGGUGGGAAUAGCUAAAUUUGUAUGCUUUUAUAAAAAUGUAUGUCCUAAUUGAAUUUAUGUUUGACAAAUUGGAAGUAGCUGAAUAAAAUAAUUUUCAAUUAUUCUUUUAUGCAGAAGAAAAAAAGAUCAACUCACAAUUAACAGAAUUAAGUAAUUUAUAUUAAAGUGCAUUUUAGGAGUAUUCAGUACUUCAAAUUUUACACAUAAUUAAUAACUGUAUUCAUACAAAUUUCAUACUAUUUAUAUCAUUGUUCAUUUGGAUCCUGAGUCGUCAAAAUAUAUAUUUGUUGUUACUAGCAAAGUCAGGUGAGUUAAUAUUGUUGAAAUAUUGCACAUUUUUUUAUUUAAAAUUAUUUUUAUUAUACAUUUAUUGCUUGCAUUUCUCUUUGUUAAUAAUAGUUUUGACUGCUCCUACUUUUAUUAUAAUUGAUAUUAAUGCUAUGUUAAAACAUUUGUAGACUGAGUUUUAAAAUCCUCCUUUGUGUAGUAUGUAUAUUUGGGUUUCAUCAUAGUCUAACAUUCCAUCUAUUGUCUUUUGAUUAUUUAGUAAUCUGUUAUUAGUUUAUUGUGUUUUCUAUAUUUGUUAUGUACUAAUCAACUUAUGUGUAGUAAAAAAAGGAAGCUUCAAACUAUACUGUAAAUAAUUUUGUGAUUUUUCAAUUGUGAUAAUUUUUUUGCGUCGUCUUCACUUUUUAUCUAAAGUAUUUAAUGUCUUUUACUAAUAAAUCCAGAGGAUAAUUGUAUUAUUUUUGUUAUAUUUAAAGUAGUCAUUUUAUUGGAAUUAUUUCACUUAGUCUGAUUUUUGACAUUUCAUUAGCCAAAGAAGAAAGCCUAUUAAGAUACAUCUUUUGCUUUAAACUUUAUUAUUAUUGUAUGCAAUUUUUAAAUAAUCUCCUCCUAACAUAUCUGUUGUAUUGUUGACAACUUUAAAAAAUUUAAAUUUAAAAUAAACUUAGAUUAACUAACGCUUUCUUUGUUCUCUCUCUUCUUUCUUUUGUUUUUUAAUGGGAUUGGGUAUUUUUCCCUUUCAGUUGACUUCAGUUUCAUAUUUGAAUGUGAAAUGUUUAAAUUGAACUUGCAGUACAACUCUGACAUAAUUAUUUCAUUCAUUAUGCUGUGAUAUAAAGUUGUUUAUAGAGAAAGUGGACUUUUAAGUUAAAUGUUUACUCGUGUUACAGAGACUAAAAUAUUCUUUGUAAUAUUCUGAGAAGUCUUUUGACAGUGUCAGUGACUUAGAUGUUUUUCUCAACAUAUUUUUUAUUAAAAAUGUUCUUGUGCAAUUAUAUUUAUUUAAUUUCAUUUUUUCUGGUACCCACAUCUCCUUCUGUGAGGAAGUUAUUGCUCUAAAGCAGAGUUUCUUAAAUUUUUUUCAGUUAUGACCCCUUUUUAUAACUGAGGUUUUUUUCGCGACCCCCAGGUACAAAAAUUUUGUGGGACCCCAUACGUAUUGCUCAAAUCUGACACUUGAGUGAGUGAAAUUGUCAAUUUUUUCACUUGUACUGUAAUAUACUAUUGAAGUUUUAGAUAAUAAAUUUCUAAUUUUAAGAUAAUGUGAAAAUUUUAAAUAAGUAACAGACAAAAUGACAGAGUAAAAUGGAAA